AUGUCAUUUUUAAACACCAUUCGAGGGUUGGGAAGAAGUUCAAAGAAGAACAAAAAGGACUUAGAAACAGUACCUUCACCCGUCUAUGGAGGAGCUCCAUUAAGGAGGAGUCAGUCCCCAACCAAGGGAUCACCUGUGAAACAAUCUAGAGGCAUACAUCAGCAAUCACCAAGUAAAAGAAAUAGAUUAAAAUCACCUAAUGCUGAACUGCCAAUCCAACAACAUCAAACACAAUCAUCACUGCCAAGUAUUCAUUCACUACAACAAUCUGCACGAAUGUCACGAAAGGACAGCCAGGACCAACAACAGCAACAACAACCGGUACCAUUACCGCUCUUUCUAUGUGAUCCUUAUGUCAAGACUGCACUUGUCAAGGGUUCAUUCAAGACGAUUGUUCAAUUACCAAAAUAUGUUGAUUAUGGUGAAUGGUUAGCGUUAAAUAUCUUUGAGUUAUUCAAUAACCUAAACCGUUUCUAUGGAGUCAUAUCUGAAUAUGUGACCCCGGAGGCAUAUCCAACCAUGAAUGCAGGUCCAAAUACAAAUUAUCUAUGGGUUGAUGGGACUGGUCAAGCUGUGAAUCUACCUGCAUGUCAAUAUAUAGACUAUGUCAUCACUUGGAUUUCAAAUAAAAUAAAUGAUCAAUCAGUAUUUCCAACCAAAAGUGGUGGAGCAUUCCCACCCAAUUUUUUAAAGGACUGUAAGAAUAUAAGUAGACAAAUGUUUAGAAUCUUUGCUCAUAUUUAUCAUAAUCAUUUUGAUAAGAUUGUUCAUUUAUCUUUAGAAGCUCAUUGGAAUUCUUUCUUUGCUCAUUUUAUUUCAUUUAUUAAAGAAUUCAACUUGAUUGAUAGAAAUGAACUUGAACCACUUUUACCUUUGAUUGAAAAUUUUGAACAACAAGGUAAAAUUAUAUAG